CGAACUUAGAGUGAGAUAAGGGAGCAAAGGGCCAAUACAAAUGAUAUCUUGUUCAGAAGAAGGUAGUAACAAGAUCCUUGUGGCAAUCUCGUUGGACCGCGACGAGAGCCAAAAUGUUCUAUCUUGGGCCAUCAAUGUUCUUGCUAAACCAAGUGACACCAUUGUGGCUCUUCAUCUUCUUGUUGGUGAAGAACCGAGAAAAUUGCCAAUGAAGAAGAAGAAGAGAACUCAGGUUCGACAUGCCAAAGCUCACGUUAUCUCCAUGCUUGGAGAGUUCGCUUACACUUGCUGCCACAACCAGGUGAAUUUGGAAGCCAAGGUAGGGUUUAGCUCAAACAUUGGAAGAGGACUAAUCGAUGAAGUCAAAUCGAUUUCUGCUCACUAUCUUGUUCUUUCUCGACCAACAACUCAUGAAUUCAGGAUAUGGAAUGACAUCACAAGAUAUGUCUCCGACUUUGCUCCAUCAAGUUGCUCUGUUGUUCUAGUAGGAAAUCAAAGAAAACCGCAUAAAGAUUGUUACUCUGACUCCGCGAUUUCUCGAGACAUAAAGAGUGAGAAGUAUUCACCUCGCAGUGUACUAAACGCUUUAUCAAGAGAUUCGCUUAGCUCUUCAGGAGAUGAUGCGUCAAGCUUCAAUGGUUCAAUGGUCUCUUCUAGCUUCGCUUCGCCUUCCGGGAAACCAAAACAUAAGCCAAUGUCUCCAUACAGAUUCAUAUCUUCUCUUAUCAUGAACUCUCCUCUGAGGAAAUGGAGAGGAAGCGACACUAAGAACAAGCCUAAACCUCAACCUUUAAUUCAAUGCUUCACUUACAACGAGAUUUCAAAGGCCACAAAUGGUUUUCAUCAAGAGAACAUUGUAGGCAUAGGAGGCUACUCUGAAGUGUACAGAGGAGAUUUAUGGGAUGGGAGAAGAAUAGCAGUGAAGAGAUUAGCCAAGGAGAGUGGUGACAUGAACAAGGAGAAAGAGUUUCUUACAGAACUCGGCAUCAUAAGUCAUGUCUCUCAUCCCAACACUGCUCUUCUCUUAGGUUGUUGUGUUGAGAGAGGUCUCUAUCUUGUCUUCAGAUUCUCUGAAAAUGGAACCUUGUACUCUGCGUUGCACGUUGCUCGCGGGCUUCACUAUCUUCACAAACGCUGCAACCACCGGAUCAUUCACCGAGACAUAAAAUCUUCCAAUGUUUUACUUGGACCUGAUUAUGAACCGCAGAUAACUGAUUUUGGAUUGGCGAAAUGGUUGCCUAACAAAUGGACUCACCAUGCGGUAAUACCAGUUGAAGGAACGUUUGGUUAUCUAGCACCAGAGUCCUUAAUGCAAGGAACCGUCGACGAGAAAACCGACAUCUACGCAUUCGGUAUUCUCCUACUAGAGAUCAUAACUGGACGAAGACCGGUUAAUCCCACUCAGAAACACAUUCUCUUAUGGGCAAAGCCAGCGAUGGAGACAGGUAACACAAGAGAAUUGGUUGAUCCGAAAUUGCAAGAUAAGUAUGACGAUCAACAGAUGAACAGGCUUAUCCUUACAGCUUCACAUUGUGUUCAACAAUCACCCAUAUUACGACCAACCAUGACUCAGGUACUGGAGUUGCUCACAAAUGGGAACGAGGCUGAGAUUGCAAAGAGCUGGAGAAUGCCUAAGGAUAUGACUAAUGACCAUGAUGAUAAUAAUGAAUGGGAUGACUAUUCUAUGAUUUUCGGAUAUGAUGUUCCUUCGGAUUCUUCUUUUUGAUAUUUUUGUCUAAUAUCUACUGAUUUCUUUUAUUUAGAUUUCUUUUUCAUUCUUUUGUAUGUUAUGAGAUCUUUAACGUUCCCUCCAUUAUGUAUCAGGAUUCAAAACUAAUAGAAAUAUCAAAUAAGU